AUGGUCCAACUCGUGCCGUAUGAGGGUCUCUGGCGCGACUAUUCCCAGGAUGGCCUUGGUCAAUUGACACUGACACUUCCUAUACGUUAUGGGGCAUAUCUUAUCUCCGCAAUGACCCUCCUAAUCUCUCUAGCUGGAUCACGCUUAUGGACUAUUAUUGCUUACGGUCUUCACCAGUCCCGGCUCGGCCACAAGACACAAUUUGACCCAGUCCAUCUCCAGAUCCAAACGUUAUUGCGAAAUGAUGUUACGCCUUUCUCUGCCAUGAAGGACGCCUUCUUAUUGUCCCGUGCCUGGGGCGGGAAGCUACUUUCAUUAGAGAAACGACUUGUACCACUUAUGUGUCUGGCUGCACUGUUAUCAGUGCUUACCACUGUCGCCGGUAUCCUCGCCUCCAGUAUGGCGACUCGCAGUGAAGAAGCCAUCAGAAUUCUAGCGAUGCCCGAAGAAUGUGGCAGCUGGGAAUUUAACUGGACCAAGUUACAUUCAUUAUAUACUGAGGCGGCACGGAACCCACUAUCUCACCAUCUCAACGCCAUAACGAAGGAUGCUAUGGAUGCGCGGGCAUAUGCGAAGGAAUUCUACUCAGAUACUAAACCCUUGUCGGCUGCCAGCUCAAAAUUUCCGGUCGAGAAGCUUCCAUACACCGAUACAAUGGAGCCAUGUCCGUUCGGGGGGAAGAAUAGAUGUCUCUCGAACAAUACGUCAUCGCUAAAUAUCUCCAUGGCCUGGGACACGGGAAUGCUGGACUCACAUACUCACCUUGGAGUCAAUGCACGGACUGAGGACCGUGUCAAUUUCAGGAAGAAAGUCACGUGCUCACCUGUGAACGUAGACGACCUCGUCACAAGCACUAAAGGAGAUGGUAUAGUUGUGAAUGAACUCCAGAAGUUGCUCAACAUGAGUUUUUCUAUUCCUCUCAUCUUCCAAAGCAACAAAUUGGCCACAAAUGGCUAUACUGCUACGGGUGCAUUUUACCUUGGAGCACUCAAAUCUCAAGGCUGGGCAUGGCCAUUCAACCGCGCGCACACAGACCUGUCGCUUUGCCUCAUCAGCCAGAACUCUGUAACCUAUCCUGAGCCAGUUUAUGAUCCCCUGUUCUGGGCGAACGGCUCUAGCAUCUACAGGGACGUUAACGGGGUUGUUCAAUACUUUGGAAACAAUGACUUCAACAUUCUGGCUUGCCUGGAGCAGAUACAGUUAUGCAAUCCGAGAGCCGGGAAAUGUACAAAUAUUACAGACUCUGUUACUGCGUUACGGGAAACAGAAGCCUUGGAACUCAAUAUCAAGCAGCGGAUGACGCUUCACCGUACUGCAAUGCUCCUGGGCCUUGGCAAUAUUGCAUCACUCGGUCCCCAAAGUCUUGGGGCAGCAGGCCUUCUAGCAAGGGACCGAACCUAUAGCGAUACGCUCUCCACAUCUCUUCCACCUGAUCAGUGGCAGAAAGAGGCUACCCUCUGGUUUGAAACUGGGCUUGCUCUCUUGCAAGCUCAUUUUAUUCGAUUUCUCGGCCGGAUCGACCUAAGUAGCCCAGCGAUGUACGGCGAUUUUCUGAUCUACAAGCCGCUUGCCGACCUGCCGUUGAGACCGGAGCUUGAUGCUGCGCGCACAUUGUGUCAUAACCAGAAGAUUGCCACAACCGGCCGCCUCCAGAACUUCAGAUUUGUUGACUUGAUACUCGUGUUCGCGCUCAGCCUCUGUGUUAUCUUGACAAGUCUGCUUCUAGAGCGGUGCGUGAAGACAGGUCGGCGGCACUGGGUAACCCACACUGGGCAGUCGCGGCAGCUUACAUGGGAAAUGGACGGCAAGUUCUGGUUGCUACACAUAGCUCUUGGGAGCGUUGGCGUGGGCCCGUGGAGGCUGGGAGGGAAUUCUAUGGACUCAAGCAUUCCAGUAGCUGAUGAAAGUCAUCUGCUCAAUGGACCCACUGAGCUCGGUGCUGAGCACUUUUAUACGUCGAACAAAGAAGUGGGUAAUACAGUACGAGCGAUCAAUCUUUUACUGUAG